AUGUCUUUAGAAACCAUUGAUAGUCUCAACAGUACUUGUUUAUCAACACCUAGACGCUCCAGAACUUUUGAAGAUGAAACGGCAACCUUGGCUCCUGAUGCUCGAAGGGCAAUACGUAAACAACUUAAUAUCGAAUUUAUAAAUGGAGGAGAGUGGAAUGAUGAGUCAAAUAACUCUAAAAAUGAGAAAUAUUUUGAAAAUGUGUACGAGAAAAAUUUAUCUACUCCAUUGAUAAAAGCGAUUACAAGGUCUUCAAUUUACACAAAACAUUUUAUAACUCCAAAACGAGAAUUUGUCCGUGAUAGCAUUUUAAGCACGGGAACUCCUAGAGGAAAAAUGUCUCAAUAUUAUCUCGACCUUACAUAUGAAUGCAUAAGCGUUUAUGGGAAUGACAGUGACCCUGAAAGUUGUAAUGAAAAGGAUCAAUCUCCAAUUAGUCAUGCCGAAAUAAAUGGAGGUAUGAGAAAUGUUUGCAUGGAAAAUUCACAAUAUUAUAAUACUCGCCUGGUAUCAUUAUGUAAGAGAAGCCGUGAUUUAUUGGAACUAGACGCAGGGAGUGAUAGUCCAUCUGAACUGGUUCAAAUCAUGAGUAAAUCACUCAGAUUAAGCUAG